CUUGCGGCCGCCGGUAAUUGCAACACCGGUCCCAUCCAGUGCUGCAACUCCCUCGAGAGCACGGACACUGCGGCGGCGUCGACCCUGCUUGACCUGCUCGGUGUUGCUGUACAGGGCGUCACUGGCCAGCUCGGUCUUGGCUGCUCGCCGAUCUCCGUUGUGGGGGCGGGCAGCGGCAGCGCGUGCACUUCUCAGCCCGUGUGCUGCCAGAACAACAAUGUCGGGGGUUUGGUCUCCAUCGGCUGCCUUCCGGUGGAGCUAUAA